AUGGCUGCUGCUGGUCCAGUGCGAUAUGAAGAUCAGUUCCUGUGUUCCAUCUGUCUGGAUAUCUUUACUGAUCCAGUCACCAUGCCAUGUGGACACAACUUCUGCAAACACUGCAUCACUGAACACUUUGCCAAAAAUACAUGGACAUGUCCCACAUGUGGUGAACAUUUUUACAUUAGACCUCUGUUGAAGAUCAACACUUUCAUCUCAGAGAUGGUGUCUCAGUUCAGACGUGAAGCUCAACAUGAACCAAACAUCUACAGCUCAGAUCAACAAGCUGCCAAACCAGGAGAAGUUCCCUGCGACGUCUGCACUGAAACCAAACUGAAGGCCCUGAAGUCCUGCCUGGUGUGUCUGACCUCCUACUGUCAGACUCAUCUGGAACCUCAUCUGACACUUUCAGUACUAAAAAGACAUCAGCUGAUCCACCCUGUGGAGAACCUGGAAGACAGGAUGUGUAUGAAACAUGAUAAACCUCUGGAGCUGUUCUGUAAAACAGACCACACCUGUAUCUGUCUGCACUGCACCUACAAAGACCACAUGACACAUGAGUUUGUUCCUCUGAAAGAGGAACACAAAAAACAGAAGGCAGAGCUGAAGAAGACAGGGGCUGAAAUUCAGCAGAUGAUCCAGGAGAGACAACUGAAGAUCCAGGAGAUCCAACACUCAGUGGACCUCAGUAAGAAAGCUGCAGACAGACAAACAGCAGAAGGUGUUGAGGUCUUCACUGCUCUGAUGGAGUCUGUUCAGAGAAGUCUGGACCAGCUCAUUGAGGAGAUCCAAGAAAAGCAGAGAACCACAGAGAAACAGGCUGAAGACUUCAUCAGAGAGCUGGAACAGGAAAUCUCUGAGCUGAAGAAGAGAAGCACUGAGGUGGAACAGCUCUCAGGUUCUGAAAACCACCUCCACUUUGUCCAAGGAUUCACAUCUAUAAAGACUGCUCCACCCAUGAAGACCUGGACAAAGGUCAGCGUCCAUCCACCAUCAUAUGAGGAAAGUGUAGUGAAAACUGUGUCCCAGCUGGAGAACAAAGUCAAAGAGGACAAGAUAAAACUGCUGAAAGUGAAGCUGAAGACAGUCCAGCAGUAUGAGGUGGAUGUGACUCUGGAUCCAGAUACAGCAUAUCCUAAACUCAUCCUGUCUGAUGACGGGAAACAGGUCAGCUGUGGUGUUGAUUGGAAGAACCUUCCAGACAAACCAGAGAGAUUCUCUAUCUGUCGUAAUGUUUUGGGAAAGCAGAGUUUCUGUUCAGGCAGGUUUUACUUUGAGGUUCAGGUCAAAGGAAAGACUAACUGGAGUUUAGGAGUGGUCAGAGAGUCCAUCAACAGGAAGGCGUACAUCAUGGAAAGGCCUCAGAAUGGAUACUGGACCAUCUGGUUGAGAAAUAGAAAUCAGUACAGGGCUCGUACUGACCCUCCCAUCCAUCUGUCUCUGGAGUCUGGUCCUCAGAAGGUGGGGGUGUUUGUGGAUUAUGAGGAGGGUCUGGUCUCCUUUUAUGAUGUAGAUUCUUCAGCUCUCAUCUACUCCUUCACUGACUGCUGCUUCAGUGAUAAACUCCUCCCAUUUUUCAGCCCAUGUGGUAGGGAUGGAGGUAAAAACUCUGCUCCUCUGAUCAUCACUCCUGUCAGACUCCCUUAG